CGCUAUCUCCAACCUUGGUUUCUCCCAGAUCCUUCAAACACGCUCCAACUUAUGUAAAGACGAAGAUGGAGAAAAAGGAUUCUGCCAUUGGUGUAACGGUACAUCAGAGACAAUCUCGGCGGCGAUCAUUCACACUUGCCGAUUUACUAUUUCUGGUCGCCCUUUGCCUCAUCGUUUCAACCAUAUGGCUCUCAGAGGUCCGAACAUUGUUUCCAGGACGAAAGCAUGUCUGUAACAGCUCAUCGACUGUGGAAGAGCGAGCUGCCAAAGUUCUGAAGGAGAACCCUCUCAUAGAUGGCCAUAACGAUUUGAUGAUAUUCAUUAGAUCCCGCUAUCAGAAUCACAUUUACAGCAAACAUGGCAACGACUUCGCAGAGAAGUUUGAGAAUGGUACACUCGAACAGCACACCGAUAUUCCGCGCUUGGAGAAAGGCAUGCAGGGCGGUGCGUUUUGGUCCGCUUUUUGGCCGUGUCCGUUAGGUGACGGAACCAACUUCAGCGACGAAAGGUAUCAUGACAUUGUCAAAUCCACGCUCGGUCAACUCGAUCUCUUCCACCGACUCGGUCAGGACUAUCCGAAGUACUUCACCCCUCCAAGAGACAGUGCCGAAGCCACAAAAGCUUUCAAGAAUGGCGGCUUCAUCGCGCCGGCGGCUAUUGAGGGUCUCCACCAAAUCGGCAAUUCGAUCUCUACUUUACGCCUAUAUCAUCAGCUUGGCGUCCGAUACGCUACGCUGACCUGGAACUGCCACAAUAAAUAUGCCGAUGCCGCCAUCGAGAGUGGUCCUGACUUUCAGCCGCGAAUUGCAACACCACAUUGGCAUGGCCUUAGUUCCGCUGGCCGCGACCUCAUCAAGGAGAUGAACCGCCUAGGUAUGCUGGUCGACCUCGCUCAUGCCAGUCAAGAUACAAUGCGAGAUGUUCUUGUGGGUAAAGUUGAUGGAAGCGCUGGGAACUGGAACGGCAGUCUUGCCCCUCCUAUCUUUAGUCACAGCUCCGCAUACGCUAUCUGUCCACAUCCUCGUAAUGUCCCUGAUGACAUUCUCCAGCUUGUAAAGCAACGGAACUCCGUUGUCAUGGUCAACUUCAACCCCGACUUCAUUUCCUGCGUCCCCGGAAAGACUCCUGACGAUUUCCCGGAAUACGUUCCUGCAAAUUCGACGCUGAAUCAGGUCGUUCGCCAUAUCAAGCAUAUUGGAGAGCUCAUUGGGUACGAUCACGUAGGGAUAGGUACGGACUACGACGGUAUUGAGGGGACACCGGAAGGAUUGGAGGAUGUGUCCAAGUUUCCUGAUCUCAUUGCUGAGCUUCUGAGGCAGGGUGUCAGCGACGAAGAUGCUGCAAAGAUUGCGGGACGGAAUCUGCUGAGAGUUUGGAAAGAGGCAGACAAGGUGGCGAAGGAGCUGCAGAAGAGUAUGCUUCCUUUGGAGGACGACGUUAAGAACCAGUGGGCGUAAGCACAUGCUUUGAGCUCUCCGAAUCUCUUUAGCACUUGCGACCAAUGUAUAACGGAAAAGGAAGAGAUCAGCUCCAGACGAGCGAGCGCUAUCGUAGAGGUUAGCCAGGUGGUAUUUGGAGCAUCUUGCGACACAAAACCACAAAGUAGGUAGUGCUGAAGAGGUCCAGCACUAUGCGUGAAUGCACAUAUUCGAAUUGGGGAGUGGUAGUAAAUAUACUUCAUGUUAUAACGAG